AUGGGCAGUGGUUAUUCACAUUAUCACCAUCACCAUCCACAUUUUGGAGCACAUCACCAUCCUCAUCACUUUGGUCCACACCAUCAUCAUCAUAUAAGCCCAGGAUUUGGAUUUGGUGAUCAUCAUCAUCAUCAUGCGCAUCAUGGAUUUGGAUUCGAUCACCAUCACGGUGGCUUUGGUGGAGGUCAUCAUUUUGGAGGUCAUCAUGGACAUUGUUAA